AUGGAGGACCAAGCACAAGAGUUAGGAGCCACCCGGCGUCUCCCUCGUCAGUAUCAGGCUGAGGUCCGUGAGGCUUCUGUUGAUGAGGCUAAGGAUGAUUACCCACAUGAAGAAAGAGACCGGCACCAAUCUGUAUCGUGGGGCUUUGGAGAUGAGCACGUUCAGCAAGCAGAAGAUCCACGGUGGAUGGCCGACUAUGUCACUGAGGAACCUAUCGAUCUUGUCGAAGAACAGAAACUCGAGCUGGAACGCACCAAGAACAGGCUUGUCGAUGCAGAACGUGCUCUUGUCGAAGAGCUGAAACCUCGGCUCGAAGACCCCAAGAAGGAGCUUGCUGAAGACGAACGUAUGCGCGAUAUGCAGACUGCUACUAACCUCAAGUACUACGCCAUUCCUGAUACCGAGCAGCGCAACAAUGAGCUUCAGUCAAACGAUCCAAGUCGUCAACAGCCUUCUCGAACACACAGUAUUGACAUAGUCGAGCAAGAAAUCAUCUACUUAUACGAUCAUCGACAUUUUCCUUCCAUUUUUCCGUUCGAGCAGUGUUUUUCCAAAGAGGCUACCAACAGGCUUUGGAUUGAGAUGUACACAAAUUCAGAUUUGAACCCACAGGACAGACAGAGCUACCUCGACAAACUAUCAGAUGGAGCAUAUUCAAUUCAGAGUCUUGACGGAGUUCCUAUUCUUCCAAGUGCCUGGAGAACUAUUGUCAAACCUAAUUCAAGAAUCAAGAUCGCGUUUGACAACCCUUCGCGAAGUUAUUCGCGGUCGCAGUCACGAUUCCAGCUACAAGAUGCCCGACAGUCUGGGCCUGGGGCAAACACUGCUAGAGAGAAUCUUGCAGUCAGCAUAGAGGUCCUGGAUUCGGUUCGACACUCGCUAGAAUCAGAAGAUAGCAUCAACACUGAAGACUACCAUGGCGAGGACACAUCUACCAGCAGCGAAGAGGAUACACCCCUGAAACCCCCCAGGUCACUGCGAUUGAAUCGGUAUAUAGUACCUCCAAAAGAUCGCGAGGGCAACAGACUAUCAUUUCAGGUGACAACCAAAAGCUCAAGCAGUAUCAUCACUCCCAGUGGAAUAUCAACAAGCGUGGAGAACAAGAAAGAUUUAAGAGCGAAGAAGCCGGAUCUGGGUGGCAAUAGCCUAGAGAUACGGAGGAUCACCAAAGCAAUGAUGAUGCAGUCUGACGACCAGAACAAGCUUACGCUUUACACCUUACCAAGCCUAGCAAAGUCUAGUUUACGAACAAGCGUGGUAACGACGUGGUACCACAUUCAUGGUAGCUAUCUCGACUUUGAUCGCUUCGAGAACGUCUGCCUUACUAUCCCACAUCUGUCUGACCGUUUACAAGCCCUCAUUUGCGAGAUGUUGACAAGGCUGCGAGAUGAUAAGAUCAAGCCUUUCGUAGGCGGCAAAUUCAUUGAACCCGGAACUGUUCUUCGGGCCGAUGGUUCUGAUCCAACAGACUCCCAGUCUGUGAUCUUCAGCUGUGUACCAUAUUUCAGCCUCCAACAAACGGUCAAACUAUCGCCUGGGCAAGGAGACCUUCUAUGCCCACCACGUACCUUGAUGCAGACUUUGUAUCCUUACGAAUCUGUUCGUGAGCGGGACGAGGAGCAAUCAUACAGGAAGUUUGGCAAUGAUCCUACCAAGAACAUCAUUCAUGUCCCGAGCCUUUGGGUCAUGAACAUCGGAUCUACUGCUAUUGUAACAUAUGGACACGAGUCUCUGUCCGUAGCGACGAGAGAUGCGAUUAGCAUUGUUGAAGAAGACAUUCGACAUCUGGGCAAGCAAGACGUUACCGAGAAUAUGCUGGCAAACAUCCACGUUACCAAUCUCGACGGCAGCACCUUCAUAUAUCCCAUCGGCACUUUCAGGUCCUACUUUCAGUUGGAGUCAAGAAUUGUGGAUCUCAACUCGGUUCUCCAAGGAGGCAAAGGGAUUCAAUUAACAGUCCAGAAUCUUGAUGAUGAUACAAUGGCUGGCCCUGGAAACUGGAAAAGCAUCGUCACUCGGGCAGCCCAUCUCGUCUCAAUCAACAUUAUUGUUUCAGAUGACCAAAAACUUCUUGCGCGAGAUGAGACAGCACCAAACUCAGAUCCAGUGGUAGUCGGCUCCCCCAUCUCCGUGCCGCCCUUCUUCCAUUGGAUGCAGUCGAAGAACAGUGACUUGUCUCAAAGAAGUGGAAGGUCUUUAGGCCCCGAUACCUCGGAGAAAGAUCGAUCGAUCGCUUGCUUGGAGUAUGUGGAGAAAGCCAUGACGUCGAGGUAUCUUCCCCACUCAGAAAAUCUGGUGGAGGAUGCUUUCACGUCAACCCUGUACUACCACUUCUUGCCCGAGACGGUAUAUAGUGGCGUCUCCACACGACUGUCUGAACUAAAAGAUCACAUCAAAAAAUCAGUACCAAUGGAUUCCGGCAAUAUAAAUCACAGAAUGAUUGUGAGCACUCAUUGGCGUGGAGUUUUGAAGCAAUCUAUCCAGUUUCUCGAAACCGUCUGGAAGACACUAAAACUUUUCGUCGACGACUUAGACAGCAGCAUCAUCCUUCGAAAGAUGUCGGGCGCGCUGCAAAAUAUCCACCAGCAAGUGAUGACCAUUGAGCAACGUGGGGCGCUCGAGCCCCAUUCCGAGGAAUAUACCAAUCCUAGGUGGGAACAUCCCGAUAUGAUGAAGCGUGCUUGGUCCAUUCGCACUUCCGCUUGGGAAGUUACGUCGUCACUCCCAGGCUCUAGGAAGAUACUGCAUAGAUCGAUUCUGCGUUGUAAAAGAUGCAGAAACCCGUUUCAAAGCUCGACGUCUGCAAUAACACAUCUCAGGCGGCAUGUAAACAAAUAUUCGACCGGAACUGAGCACUCUGGUGAUGUACCUUCCUUUGAAGAACUUCAAGACUGGAUAAUCAACUCCGUACAGUACCGGCGCGAACUUACGAAUGCUACCGCUCUAGUGAUACUCACUUAUGCUAGUGAGGAUGCUACAGAUCUUUUCGUUCGAGCCAGAGAGCUUGCCGAAGGUGUCCAGAAUGAAGACGGACAGAUGUCUCUACUAUAUACUCUACCUCGAGAACUCAUCAAAGCAUUCCAAAAGAUCGUAAUCUUCUACUUGGCGAUCGAGCGAGCUCUGCACGAGAAUGAAAAGGCGUAUGGGCAGGAUGUUCGAUACCAAGAUUCUCGUAGGCUCAUAACCGCCCCUUACUCAAGUAGAGAUACCAAAGUACUCAGGCGCUUUGGUGGGUAUGCGCGACGGUCGCUGUGCAAAGCUCGGGUUUUAUUGUGUGACAUGGCCGGAUCCAAGGCUCCACAGUGUGUUCCCAAGCAUCUUUCGUUGGGUCCGGAAUAUGUGUGUCUGUGGUUCAUCAGAAGGCUUCUGGUAACAUCUCUUGAGAAGUCCAAGACCAUCAGCGACAUGUACCAUAUUUACGUCUCCAAAGUUGAAUUUGAAAUCAACCAUCGACCAAGCAAGCGACUCCUUCGUGCCAUCAACUUGAUUCAAGAAGAGUUGCAAGUCUUGGAAUCAGUCAACACUUGGCAGGACAAUCUUUUGUUCAGCUACCUCGAAACACUCAAUAGCAUCACAUACGAGAGAUUGAUACCGUCGCGUGAAGCUAUGUAUCGCUACGAGUCAGUUCUGAUUAAAGCCUGUGGAGAACAUAUCUCGUUAGUUUGGGAAGACUACACCAACCUAAUUCGCCGUUGUCACCCACUCCCUGGUCGCACAAAACAAAUCCUGGAGAUUAACGAAGAAGAUCAUGGAAAAGCUAUCAUGGUCUUCACAGUGGUCACUGUCAUAUUCUUGCCCCUGUCAUUCGUCACAAGCUAUUUUGGUAUGAACGUCUCUGACAUCAGAGGCAUGGAAGAAACGCAGGCUGUGUUCUGGAGUGUCGCCAUACCGCUGACAUUUGUGACGGUGGGUUCUUGUUUACUGAUCGGAUACAACGGCGAUAGUAUACGAGACCUACUGUCAUCCAUGUAUCGACGAGUGAUGGGGACAAAGGAAGACGCUGUCGAAACCGCUGGUAUAACCGUUUCACAACGUCAGGGGCCCUCUAAAUCUCAAGGCAUUUCGUAUAGCGUGUUCGACUCGUUUGGCCUCGCCAACGAUGAACUCGCCAGUCCAGGACUUAGGCGAUAUCGAGUGAGACAUGAUCUCAGUACAGAUGACGAUGAUGGUUUUGAUGGGUGGUAUGAGCAACGCAACCAUAGAUUGCUUGAUCAGUACAACACGUCCGAAAACCUCCCCAACGCUACAGGAAAGGGACAGAAAUCUUACACUGAGCCAUUAUCUACAGCAUUACAAGCACAACAGCAAUCACUCUACCCGUACCAGUACCCAUCAGCUAGACCACGGGGGAAUAGCUACGAUAGAGUCCCAUACAAACAUCGUGAAAAGAUCGUGCGGAAUCGUUCAGUUAGUGGUCAAAUGCCAAUGGCAAACAGUCGCCAUGACGAUACGUAUCGAGAACGAGACUCUGUGAUGAGAUUCCCAUACCAUGGCAGUGGGAGUGUACCACACCUUGCGCCUCAACCGCUGCAUCCACAUAUGGAAACGCGUGAAAGAUUCGGUUUGAACGAUAUCCACGCGGCUCUUGAGCAUCUCCAAGAGAAGAGGGAUAUGAGACGACCGAUGAGACGUUCAAGUGGUACGCCUGUAAGGUACUCAGUGCCUUACUCUGACGAGUGGGAUAUUAGGAUACCUUUGGGUGGCCGCUCACAGCGGAGGAGACACUUCGACGUUCACGAGUAUGAAACGUCUACGCAUCGUGGUAAUGUGCAACAGAGAUACGUAGCCGACAGGUCGCCGGAUCGAAUUCAUAUUAACAGGGAUGAGCCUGUGCGCCAGAGACACUACAGAGAUGGGCAUGGGGCUCGUGGUAAGUAUCCUAGUCCUGAUUUGGAUUACGAUCGAUAUUAG